AUGGACAAAGAAACUUUGGAUGAAUUAUGGACAAAUUUAGGAGCCCAAUUGGAAGGAACCUCAAAUUUGAUCCAGGAAACCAAUGUGGUAUUAAAUCAAAUUUCCGAAGCAACACUGCAUAACACCAAUCAAAUUUCGGAGCUAACUUCUCAAUUAACAAUAGCAAAAGAUCGUUUUGUUAACAGACGACAAAAAGAUGAUGAAACUUUCUCAUCAUUUAUUACUGAUAUUACAAAAUACGCAAAACUUUUACAACCUGAAUCUACUGAUUCUAUUUUAACAAAAACACCGGGACGUGCGCGUAAUUUUGAAUACACUAUAUUUAUUAAAGACAAUGAACCAAUUCAUAAGACUCCGUAUUAUCUACCACCUGAUAAAGAAAUAUUACUUAAAAAUCAUAUUAAUGAACUGGUAAAUCUAGAUAUUCUUAAACCAGCGCAAUCUCCUUGGGCAAGUCCGAAUAUUCAAGAACAUCAUAAACAUUUACAAAUAGUACUAGCGCGUUUUAAAAAACUUAAUCUAACUAUUAAUCCUAAUAAAGCAAAAUUUUUUAUGCAACGUUUGAAAAUCUUAGGACACGUAAUUUCUUCCGAAGGUAGGAUACCUAAUCCUGAAAAAGUAGAAGCAAUUAGAACUAUGCCUAUUCCUAAAAACCUUAAGGAAUUACAAUCAUUUCUUGGAAUGGCAGCCUUCUUCGCUAGAUAUAUACAGAAUUUUAGUACUAUAGUAGCACCUUUAAAUGCCUUAAAAAAGAAAGAUGCUAAAUUCAUUAUAACGCAAACACAUGUGGAUGCUAUUAAUAAACUUAAAACAGUGCUCACGACGGCACCAAUUUUACGAUUUCCUAUUUUUGAUGACAAACAUCCUUUCAUAGUAACUACAGAUGCAAGUUCUAUAGGUGUAGGUGCUUGUCUAAUGCAAAAAUUUGAAAACAAACUACAUCCAAUUGAAUACUGUUCGCGAAAACUUAAUCCAGCAGAAUCAAAAUACCCAGUAUACCAACUGGAAUUAUUGGCUGUUUUACAUGCAUUAAAUACAUUUAAAGACUACCUUUUAGAUCGAAAAUUUAUAUUACGUACUGAUUGCAACGCUUUGGUGUAUUUAUUUAAUACACCACAACGUUUUAAUAAACUUUCCAGAUGGUUAUUAACUAUCUCGAAAUUUAAUUUUACAACAGAACAUAUUAGAGGCACAGAAAAUGUAGUAGCCGAUUGUUUAAGUUCAAAUGUACAAAAUUUUGCAAUUCGCGAUGGCUUAUUAGUUCGUUUUGUUGGGCGCAAUAGAAAUAAACGUAUUGUUCUCACAGAUUCUUUAUUGGACUAUGUAUUAGAUUACUUUCAUUCCUCAGUAUUUGGAUGUCAUUCAGGCGUCACGAAAACCUAUCGUGAAAUCGCCAAACGUUUUUCAUAUCCUGACUUAUAUAAAAAAACUGUAGAUUAUGUUAAAAAGUGUAGUGUUUGUGCUACCUGUAAACCUAUUAACUAUAAAAUCUCAGCACCUGAUGCAUCAAUUAGUGAAAAAAAUGUGUACAAUAAAUUAUACGUAGACUUUAUUGGACCCCUAAUACCUUCUGCAGAUAAUGGCUUCAAAUAUAUUUUUGUUAUUACAGAUGCUUAUAGCAAGUUUUGUUGGGCCUACCCCACUAGGAAAGCAACGUCAGCAGUGGUAAUUAAAAUUUUACAUCAACUAUUCAUGGUAUUUGGAUUUCCAAAAGUUCUAAUUAGCGAUAAUGCUAAAAGCUUCAAGUCUAAUAAAUAUACACAAUUUUUAUUAUUAAAUGGAAUUCGCAUUGGAUAUACCUCGCCUUACCGUCCUCAAGGGAAUAUCACAGAAAGAAUAAAUAGGAAUAUAAAAAUAAAUUUAACCUGCGUAAUCAAACAAUACCAAAUGAAACAUAAGGACUGGAAUAAAAUAUUGCCAUUUAUAAUAUUCAAUUACAAUUCGACAUAUCACUCAAUUAUUAAAGCUUCACCAGCAGCAGUUUUUUUGGGGCGAACUUGGAAUCAACCAUUGGAUUUAUUACUUAAUACCACCGAUAUUUUGGCUAUGGAAAAACCUCCUAGUGUGGAUAUGGUCCAGCAGGCACUGCAUAAAGCUACUGUAAUGCGAAAAGCACGACAACAUCAAGCUCCAACUGAUGUUAAAUUCCACGUUAAUCAACUUGUACGGGUUAGACUACCACCUACAGCAUCAAACAUCGACGAAGACAGAAAAUUUUCACCUCGAUUCAGCGAUGUUAAAAGAAUCAUCCGUUUUACAACUCCAGUUAGUGUAGAAUUAAUUGAUCCAAAAACUAACGAAUUAUCUAGAACACAUGUCACACACUUGAAACGUGCUGAAGUGCUAUAA